AAGAAUAAUGUACUUGCCUGAUUUUGUUUUGUCAAUGUAGAGCACACCACAAGAGGAAGAAGAUGGAGUUGGUAGCAAAACUCCUGCAUUCCGUACGAAUCAAUUCAGAACAGAGGAAGAAGGUACAAGUUCAAGCUGUUUAACUCAAGAUGAUAAUCAACCAAGGCCACAGGUUUUGAAGCUUUCAGAAGUUGCCACCUCGGCCAUGCUAAUAAAAAGAUCUCAACUUUUAGGCUCUAAGAUUGCCAAGCUUCGAAUUCCAAGCGUGCAUGAAAUGGUGGAAGAAGAGUUUAAGACACCACAACCACCACCAGAACAAAGUCCCACAAAUGAUGAUGAUGUUGAAGAAAAUUUCUCAACUGACGAUGGCUUUGAGACAGCAGAAGAAACGCUACUCUCAGAGCAUGAUUUUAUGUGUCCUAAACUGAACAUAUUUGAGGUGUAUGACGAUCCUGAGUUUGAAGAGCCAAUAUCAGAAGCAACAAUCCUCAAGAGGAUCCAAAGUCACAGAAGAACCAGAUCUUACCAAUUGGGUGAACAUUUACAAUUUAAAUGGACAACGGGAGCCGGACCUAGAAUUGGGUGUGUGAGGGAUUAUCCUUCAAGGUUGCAAUGCCAAGUGCUGGAGCAAGUGCAAUUGUCUCCAAGGAGUAGUAAUGCUACUCCUCGGAGCAUGAAUUAUACCCCCCGAACAUCAUCAGGUUUACACAAAGAAACGUCUCCAAGUAAAAGUAACCUUAGUCCUGACCCCUGAACAAAUCAAUCAAUAUCCAGACGCUAACUACUAAUCAGUAAAAAGUUAAAGCCAUGCUGAAACUUUCUGCUUUUGACUAUGAAAAGCAUCAAGAACUGUGACAUGUAAGUAUGUUGUACGUAACCAUGUAUCUUUAGGCAACUCUUGUUUUGCUCUUUUUGACAAUGAUAUUAACUAUUCACCAAACAAACUAAGCAAUUACUAGAUACCCUUAUUAUUGUGAACCAGACUCGAUUUAGCUAUUGGUCAAGGAUAGAGUACAACUUAUGACAUGAACAACUUUUACCUCC